AAAAACAUUAAAAUGGUGGUUCAAUCAUCCCUCGUCAAAUUUAACUUCGGUUUGACAUAAGAUCGAUCUCCCCUGUAUACGCUGAACUGCUUAUUUCUGAACAUAAGAAUAAAAUCGAUCUCUCCUGUAUACACUGAACUUACCUACUUCUGAACAGGGGAAGCAUAUUUCACUCUUUUCUGGCUUUAUUUACAUUAUUUCAACUUUCACUACGACAGUCAUAAAAAAAAUGUUUCCUGGGUGAAAACCAGAAAAUGGAAACACCAUUAUGUGAACAAGGCCGGGUAGAAUAUUAGAAAUAUCUAUUAAUAUAGUUUGGUGUCUUUUUUCCGUUUAGGCGAAAGGAAAGUCUUUUUUUUUAAUAUAUAUAUAUCGAUUAGUUUUCUUUGUUACAUACAUACAAACACACACACAUAUAUAAUAAUAACUAUCAAAUCUAUAAUUGAGAGUGGUGUUAAUUUCAAUUCAUUGUUGUGGCAAUAAAGAGUCGCUUUUGCAUGUGUAUUUAUUCAUACAUAUGCUAAUAUUCAGGAGUCUUAUGAAAUGCCUUUAAUAUGAACCCUUCCUUGCAGUUAAUAAGUAGACACUUCAAACUGUAAACAGCUGAUUGCAUUUCGUUUUGAAAUAUAUACAUUCAUACAUAUAUAUGCAUGUAUGUAUAUUUCUGACUAAUAUUUGGCAUGAUUUACUACUUAAACCAUCUGUUUUGUUGACAAUCUCGCAAUAACUUGCUCUGCUCGUAGGUACGAUCCCACGCAACUCUCUCUCUUUCUCUUUCCCUUUCCCUAUCUUUCGCUCUCUCUCACUCUGACUCACUCUGUCUCUAUCUACACAUCUCUCUGUUUCUCUCUCUCUCUUGUCUGGCUAACAACGUUCAUGUCUGUCAAAUGCCAGACCAGCAAACCUCAGUAGCACCACACAAUAACAAAGGGGGAAAUGAUUCAAGCAUGAAGAAAGACCCAAAAGAGAAGCCCGUGGCUAACAAAAGGAAGGAAAGCAACAAGUUUCAGUCUACCAAAUCCAUUUACAAGGCUUUGGUCAGCCCCAGGCUAUAGUAGAAGACACUUGCCCAAGGUGCCAUGUAAUGGGACUGAACCUAGAACCAUGUGGUUGGAAUCAGUACAACAUGUCAGUUCAACACCUAUCUUCCCUCCAGAACAUUGUGAUUCCCAUGUUUCAAAAUACUCAAGUAAUAUGGAUAUAUGUCGCAUUUGUCACUGUGAAGGAGAAACAGAAGCUCCUCUUGUAGCGCCAUGCAUAUGUUCUGGCAGUUUGCGAUGGGUGCACCAAGCUUGUCUACAAAAAUGGAUUAAAAGUGCAGAUACUAAAUCAUGUGAACUAUGUAAAUUUGAAUUCAUCAUGACAACGAAAGUAAAGCCAUUCCAAGAGUGGGAGAGACUACAGAUGACUUCAGUUGAGAAAAGAAAGAUAAUCUGUUCAGUGACAUUCCAUAUUGUUGCAAUAACAUGUGUAGUAUGGUCUCUCUAUGUGCUGAUUGAUCGGACCACUGAAGAAAUGAGACGGGGAGUACUUGAGUGGCCAUUUUGGACAAAAAUUAUUGUUGUAGCUAUUGGUUUCACUGGAGGUCUUGUUUUUAUGUAUGUUCAAUGCAAAAUGUAUGUAAAUUUAUGUCAUAGAUGGAGAGCGUACAACAGAGUAAUCUACAUUGAAAAUAUUUAUGAACAUCCAUCAGAGAGCAAAUUGUGUGAAAGUUGUAAGAAAGACUCAUCUUCCAGUCUAUGUGGAGAUGUACAGUUAGCUUGAGACUUUCUUUUCAUUGUACAGAUUUUUUUUAUAGGUUUGUGAAAUUGUAUAUCUUUGAAAUUUUCUUUUCUUACAGUUCUCAAAAAUUGGUCCCAACAAGGUUUUUAAUGUGAUCACUCAAAACAAUGUACAUUCCAAAAUAUAGUGCUGCAGUAACAUGCAAUUUUUUAUUGUGUGUGUGUGUGUGUGUGCGUGCGCCUGCACCUGUGAAUAUGUGUGUGUUUGCAUGUAUGUAUGGGCCUUUACUUUUCAAACCUAUGAGUAUUUCUGUAUAUUGAUAAAGAAUGAAUUGUUUAUUUUCAAUGUUCUUAUGUAUCUGUGAUGUUUUGAUGAUAGUUAUGUCUAUUUGCUUGUACAUAUGAAAUGUUGUUGACUAUGGAUGAUUUGAUGUCUGUUGUUUUUUCCAUAGUUUAUAUAAUUUGGUGUAUUCAGGUAAAAUUUUGAAAUAACAUUGCCUUUUACUGACUGUUUUGGAUUUAGUUUUUGUUAACAAUUAAUUUGAUAUUUUAAGUUGGUUCCUAUCUUGAAGAUUUUGUGUGUUUUCAUACUAUUAGGAUUUAUUUUACUUGAUCUCUGUAAAAAUGUUUUUUUUUUUAUAAUAAUGUCCAAAUGAUAGCACAAAUGCUUGGAAAUUUUUAAAUGAUACUCAUUAAAAUUAAUCUUUCUCUUAGUCGACUGAAAUUAGUGCCAGUCUUUUAAAAUAUUGGAACUUAUGUCUUAAACAUAUCUUAAACAUAAGACCCUACUAAUUCCAAUAAUUAGUUUAAUCUCUUAAUAAUGAAUAAUAAUAAGUUAUUAUAAAACUCUUUGUAUAAUUCACUUUAUCUCUACUGGUAAAGUUUGUCUAAAUGAUUUUCUUUCCAACUUUUAAUCUUAAGAUACUAUAGAAAUGCCAUUUACUCUCCAUAGUUGUUCUAUAUUUAUGUCAGAAGACAAGAAGAUAAAGUUAGAAUAACAUCAAUAUUGGAAAAAGAUGUUACAAAAACAGAUGUAGUAUUAUUUAUAACUGUGUUUGGUCAUUCAAACUGUCACAUUUUUAUGAAAGUAUAAUUUUGAAAAUUUGCAAAUGAAUCAUAUACUGUAUUUACUGGUGUAGAUGAUGCACCUUUUUUUUUUGUUGUUAAAUGUAUCAAAAAAAUGUGAUCACAUUACAGAUGGGAGUCCAAGUGCCAUAAGCUAGGGAGCCAGAUGAGCAUAAGGCCACAAGUCACAAUCACAACAGUUUUUACUAGUAAUAAAACAUUAAAAACAAGCCAAAUGAUCAUGAUUUGUUAGCACAUAGUUACAAAACAUUGCUUAUGAUUUGUUGGCAGUUGCAUGGAUGAGUGACAUGAUCUCACUGUACCUCCUUCUUCAGCAUGUAUAACUCAUACCUAAUCUAUGUCUUAUUUAAUAUCUGUGCUAUCUUUAAGAAUAAUUUAUUAUCUAAAUGAAAAAUUCUCCUAGAAAGAUGAAAGAUAUGCUAAAGUUUCAUCUGCCUGUUAGCUAUUUGCAAUGAGUGAAUGACAAUUAAGCUACAGUGGGGCUGUGCCACCCUGGUGGCUGAUUGUGGUAACACAAAACAUUAAGCCAGAAAUAUGAGUUUUACGUUCUGUAUGGCAAUAUCCUCUUGAUCAAAGGAAGAUCUGAAAUUUCAAUACGGUACUUGUAUAAUGUAGUUUAUUUAUGAUAAAUUUAUAGUUUAUAUACUUUAUUCCAGUAUACUGUCACUACAUUGUAUGUACCUGCACAGAAUCAUGCAUUUUCUUCUACAAAACCACUUUGAAAUAUCAUUGAAUGAGUGUAUGCUGAAACAUACUAAAUUUGUUUUUCUCCACAAAAUAUACUUGUAAAAUAGGGGUGCAUCUUAUACACUGGCAAAUAUGGUAUAUAUAUAUAUAUAUAGAUAGAUAGAAAACUGGUUGAGGGCAAUUUACAACAGUCCAGUUGUUGCUAUAUACAAUAAUUCAAAAUGACUUUCACAAAAUUGUUGAUGUUUACUUAUACAAAAUGGAUUAUAUAUACAAUGUAAGGCAUACUUUAUAAUUAAACUAGGUACAUUAACAUGAUUAAGAAUGGCUAUUCUUUUGUGGUGGUGGUGGUGGUGGUGGUGAUAGUGAUGGUGUGUUUAUGUAAUGUAAAAAGUUUUUAUUAAAAGAAAAAUCUUCCAUAUAAACUUUGGAAACAGUGUUAUGUUUUUUUACUUUUAACUUGUUUCUUAAAAAGUAAUUAAUAUUUUUUAUCUAAACAAUACUAUUUUUGACAUUAUGAGACUGAACAUUUGAAACAAGCAAGAAAAGUUUCCCCCCACCUUUUUCUAAAUCCAGUUUUAAAGAAUACAUCUCAAAAUGAGAGACAUCAUAAAAUUUUAAAUGAUUAGCAGAAAUAUAACAUUAAAACUAUUUACAGCAUACAUGCACGUGCACGCACGCACGCACGCACGCACGCACGCACGCACACACACACACACACACACACACACACACAUCUAAUGUAAUUUGUAUUUAACAUAUUCAAAUUUACCUGCAAUAAAAGAGAAUUAGUUGAGUUACAAAAAUAUUGCUAAUUUCUUUCUACUCAUUAAAUUAACAAUGAUUUCAUAUAGUAAAGAUAUUUCCAUUGUAUAAGAUCAUAUAUUGAUGGUGUAUGUAUGUGUGUGUGGUUCUGAAAAACUGGAAAAGAAGAAGGGCAUUAAGAAAGAAGAAUUGGAGAGAGAGCGAAGAGAGAAAGAGAGAUUGAGAAGAAGCUGAAGGGAGUGAAAAAUGUAACUAAAAGAGUGAAAGGUAACAAUGAAACAGAGUGAGAGAGAGAGAGAGAGAGAGGGAUUGUUACUGGAAGAGAAAAAAAGAAAGGAUAGGUACCUGCAACCAAGAGAGAUUAAAA